UUUGACGUUUGUUUGUUGACAUUUGCUUGUUUAAUUUUCUUGAUCACAUCGUUCUUGUUUUUACCAAAAUGCCUUCAAAUAUAAAUAUUAUUUUGUUUAUUGUGAAAAUAUAUUUUACAACCAUCCAAAAGUAUGCUUGCGCUGAAAGCAUUUCCGUUUACCGUGCAAGAAGUGAGUUUUUAUUGAAUAUGAUGUGGUUUUGCUUGAAUCAACAAUGGAUGAUAUUAACAAUUUUGGAGAAACCGCAUACUAAAAUGCGUUGGAAACUGAAUCGGAGGGGUAUGUUUUGGGAGAUUGAUUGACAAUGUAAUGGGGAGGAGUUCUUUAGGAACAAUUUUCGCAUGAAGCGCAGUAGCUUCAACAAACUAUGCGGCCUUCUUUCAUGUUUGGAAAGGAAAGAUACAAAUUUUAGGAAAGCCAUUAGCCUUGAGAAGCGGGUAGCCAUUGCUCUGUAUGCCCUGGGAUCAUCUUCUGAGUACCGCAGUGUGGGUAAUAUGUUCGGAAUUGCAAAAUCGACUGUAUGCUUAAUCGUGUUAGAGUUUUGCAAGCAAGCAUGGAUUGUAUUACAUCCUGUUUACCUUAAUCACUUCCCUCUCAGUAGAGAAAAGAUACGAGAGUGCAUGUCUGGGUUCAACCAAAUUGGGUUUCCUCAAUGCAUUGGUGCAAUUGAUGGUUGUCACAUAGAAAUACAUCCAAAACAUGAUGGAGCCGUUCAACUUCAAUUACAAAGGAUAUCGUUUUCUUUAUAUUAAUGGUGGUAGUCCAGGAAAAUGCAACGACUCAUUCAUUUACGAGAGGUCAUUAUUAAAGCAAGAGCUGCAUAACUGUGCUUUGCUUAAUAAAAUGAGUAUUCAAUUGGAGUCAGUAAACAUUCCGGUGUUAAUACUAGGAGAUUCUGCAUUUCGCUUAUCGCCAAACUUAAUGAAACCUUUUCCGUUUAGUCUUAACAACACCUCUGCACAAAAAAAUUCAACUAUCAACUGUCUAAAUGUCGCAGGAUUCCGCAGGGUUGGUAAAGGAAUUGAUAACAACAUCCAGAAUGCGAAUGCAGUUAUAAAGGCAUGCUGCACGUUACACAACUUUUUAAUUGAGGAGAAAGAUGACAUGCCUACAAUUUGGUUAAGCGAGCAAACAAAUAUGGGCCGAAAUACAAAUUAUCCAAAUCACUCAACAAAUUUGAUGCACAAUAGACAUGAAGCCGAAGAUAUAAUAAACGCUCUCAGUAUACAUUUUGCAAUUUUUUCGUUAACUGCCAAGUUCUCAUGGACUGCUUGCUUAAAAUCCUUGCCGAACUCCCCAUACAUUGUCAGCGGCGAGGGCGGCGCCAGUUCAGUGGAGGAUAGGGGAGAGGCUGACGCGAGUUCUUCAGUCCAUGACGAAGAUGACGGCUCUGGCACCCUUAACGGUGCGGAUUCAUUUGUUUCCUGUGAAUUGCCUGAAACAUAG